CCCGCUGCCUUGAGGUGGGAUUCUGUCGGCUCUGACCGUCACAAUCUGAAACUUCACCAUGAAAACAGGGACAGGCAGCACGAGACCAGCAGGUCGGUAACGGAGGGUUCGUGAAGAUGAUGAUGUGUUUUAGGAGGAUUUCCGCGCCGAUGUGCCGCAACGCAGCAAAUGUUCGCUGUUUGGUGUCCGCGCGAGGCGAGGGCGUGUGUCGCCUCGAGCCCGCGUCAUGGCGGCAUAGGCACACACCUGUCGCCCAGUAUGCGAGGCUGAAACAGUCUCCGGUUAGCGGCUCGUGGCUCCUCAAUCUUAAGGGGACGGACGGUCGUGUUGCGUGCUGGAGCGGGAUCCUCCAGCAGGUAAAAACGACACCGUGGCACGCGCAAGGAACAGGGCUUCCCGUGUACCGGGGAGGUCACGAGAGGUCAGCGGCCGGUUUCCGGUCUCUGCUGCUGCCCUCAGCUCGUGGACUUUGUACCGGAAAGAAUGAGGAGACACCGGACAGCUCCCCGGCGACGGACCGUGGUGAUGUCAGACCCGUUCCGGGACAGGGGCUGUUCAAGUUCAAAGAGCUGUAUGAGAACCCAUGGACAGUCCCCAACUUUUUGUGUGUGUGUCGGAUCGUGCUGGCUCCAUUCCUGGGUCAUCUAAUCAUCCAGCAGCACUUUCACCUCAGCCUCGCUCUGUUUAUAUUGGCUGGAGCGACUGACCUGCUGGAUGGUUUCAUUGCCAGGACGUGGCCCACUCAAAAGUCGGCACUGGGCAGCGCUCUCGACCCACUCGCUGAUAAGAUUCUCAUCAGUAUUUUAUAUGUCAGUCUCACCUAUGCCGAAGUUAUACCAGCUCCAUUGACAGCUCUAGUGAUUUCCAGAGACAUUGGUUUGAUAGCUGCUGUCUUCUGGGUCAGAUACAAGACUGUACCUCCACCGGUUACCCUUAGUAAGUUUUUUAACCCCUGCUACACCACAGCACAGCUCAAGCCCACACUCUUCAGCAAGGUGAACACAGCCAUCCAGCUCUUUCUGGUUGCAGCUUCUCUGGCUGCUCCAGUCUUCCAGUAUACAGACAGUGUCCUGCUGCAGUGCUUAUGGUAUGUAACAGCGGUGACUACGGCAGCGUCAGGCUAUAGCUACUGGCACUAUGGCCGCAAGACUGUCCAGGUGCUAAACACCAGAUCACCAUGACAACCGCAUCAGAAAACACCCCGAAAGCAGAACAAAAGCAGCGAACAACCACGGCAGAGACACUGAUCAGCUGUGGCGAAAGUCGGACAGACAGAUGGAUGAUCGCCAGGAGCUCUGAAACCAAGUAGCUGUGACAAGCAUUGACGAGUCGCCAUGGCAAUGAUGUGCAGAAACCAACCGAGGCCGCAGAUGGUUAACUGCAACACUACAGAAACGACGAAAAAAAGCAGCGCUGCCUGUGGACUGGCUGUGAAGUAGAGACACAUGCACACGGAUAGAAACAGCAAACACAAACGUAGAGCAUCCACACACACACACACACACACACACACACAAACAUACAUGUCAAGUAUAUGUUAAGUGAUUUGGCGAGAGCUUCUCUUUUUUCUUAGUUUUUCAAUCAAGAGGUGGCGAUGUUCAGUCUAAUCAUUGUCAGAUGAUUGUCAGUUUUAUAAACUGAUUUAUGAUGAAAAAGGAAAAUCUACUUUGUUUUGUGUGUGUGAAUGUGUGUGUGUGUGACUUUUGGAUGCAGGGUUUGGGUAUCUGAGGGAAGACACAUGUUUAAUCUUAUGAGAUACAAAUCUGCUUGAAAUCAGUAUUAAGGAUUAAACGUGGGUUAAAAAAAAACGCAGUGACAUGCUGCCAGUGUUGUACAGGACCAGCUUCUUGGUCUUUAUCCAUUCGGUGGUCCUCAAAAACCGAAUCUUAAUGCUAGAGCUGCAGAUUCUUAAACUUAUACAGUAUAGCAGAAAAUAUUAUUCUAUGAAUUGACAAAUAAUUGAUUCGUCAAUUCAUAGGAAUUUAAUCAAUGUGCAACAAAAAAUGACCAUCAUGGGGUCUGGGGAGCUGACAAGAAAAUAAAUGACAGAUCAAUCAAGUGACAAUCAUUAGUUGCACACCUAUUAUCGAUUAGUCUGGUUAGUCCUCCAGUAACGCCUGGCACACCUGCCAGGUGAAUGAAAAGGCUUCAAGACUAAGUCUGGCACAUUUGCAUCACGUUCAAUUUAAAUAUGUGCUGCCUUUAAGUAAAGAGAGAAGACGAAAAGGUUAAAAGUGCUCAUUUCGAUGCGCCAACAACUAAAACCUCUAAAGAUAUUCCAUUUAAAAUAAAAUCAGACAAAAUCAUCUGAACGUCACAUU